AUGUACAGUGUAGAUACUCUGCGCAAAGUGAUGAUUCGCAUCCCUGGCAGGACAGAGAGAGGUGGUGCAGUAUUUCAACUCCGAAUGUUUUGGAUAGCAGUUGAACAGGAACUGCAGGAAGGGAAACUUCAGCUUCUGGCAAGGUCCUCGGUCCUUCCCAGGAAGCUUGGGCCUAGUUGGGGUAGGCCUUCACUUGACCCAGCAACUAGCACCACUUCCAGCAGCGCUCACCUAACACUCACUCACACCACAGCUAUAGCCUCAGAGCUUGCCUUCAUCUACUUAGCCCUUACCCUGCAUGAUGAAGAGGUCACAGUGACAGAGGAUAAAAUUAAUGCCCUCAUUAAAGCAGCUGGUGUAAAUGUUGAACAUUUCUGGCUAAGCUUGUUUGCAAAGGCUCUGGCCAAUGUCAAUGUUAGGAGUCUUAUUGGCAAUGUAGGGGUUGGUGGACCUGCCACAGCAGCAGAUGGUGCACCAGCCAGAGGUCCUACUCCCACCACAGCUGACCCACCAAAGAAAGAGGAAUCUCAGGAGUCUGAUGACAUGGGCUUUGGUUUUUUGACUAAGCCACUUCAUAACAUACUCAAUAAAAGUUGA